AUGGAGGGUCUCUCGCGUAUAUCGCUUCGAACAUGCCCAUUCUUGCGUAAGACCUCGCCCGCAGUGCUGCGGUCACUGUCGACGAGCACCAGGCGCCAUGACUCUUUAUCGAAGCUGCAGGCCAUUGCCAGUCACUGUCCGGUCAUGGAAAAAGCGUUGGCUGUGCAGAGUGCGAGGGCCGGUCAACAAGCAUCCGGGAGUUUGGAGACUUCUCGCGCGUAUCAUUCCCGCGCACCUCACACCCGCCUGAAACACUCUCAAGCCGGACUGGAUUGCCAGGGUGCAUUUGACUAUGAAGCCUUUUACCAGCGUGAGUUGGACACGAAGAAGGAGGACAAGUCCUAUCGCUAUUUCAACAAUAUCAACCGAUUGGCACGGGAUUUUCCUUGCGCCCAUAUGGCAGCCCCCGAGGAACGAAAAGUGACCGUCUGGUGCUCCAAUGACUACCUUGGGAUGAGCAGGAACCGCCAUGUCCUGCAGAAGAUGCAUGAAACCCUUGACACAUACGGUGCGGGUGCAGGAGGCACCCGGAACAUCUCUGGCCACAAUCAGCAUGCCGUCAAGCUCGAAGAGACCCUUGCUCGUCUGCAUAAGAAGGAAGCCGCCCUGGUGUUUUCUUCGUGUUAUGUCGCCAACGAUGCCACGCUGGCCACCCUUGGCAGCAAGUUGCCGGACUGUGUCAUUCUCUCGGACAGCAGCAAUCAUGCAUCGAUGAUUCAAGGUAUCCGCCAUUCAGGCGCCAGAAAGAUGAUCUUCCGGCAUAACGAUCUGGCGGAUCUUGAAGCCAAGUUGGCUUCGCUUCCUUUGCAUACUCCCAAAAUUAUCGCUUUCGAAAGUGUCUACAGUAUGUGUGGCUCUAUCGGUCCCAUCGAGCAAAUCUGCGACCUGGCCGACAGGUAUGGUGCGAUCACCUUCCUCGACGAGGUUCACGCCGUCGGCUUAUAUGGACCUCACGGUGCCGGUGUUGCCGAGCAUCUGGACUAUGAAAUACACGCAGGAACGAUGCCUUGCUCUCGAAAAACUGUUAUGGAUCGAGUUGACAUCAUCACUGGCACCCUCGGCAAGGCUUAUGGGUGCGUUGGGGGUUAUAUUGCCGGCUCGGCGCGGAUGGUUGAUACAAUUCGGUCGCUGGCCCCCGGGUUUAUUUUCACUACCUCCCUUCCACCGGCGACCAUGGCGGGGGCUCAGGCCUCCGUUGAAUAUCAGAUGGCCAACAAUGGAGACCGGCAUCUGCAGCAGUUGCACACCCGCAUGACGAAGGCCGCUCUCCAAGCGAAGGGAAUUCCCGUCAUCCCGAAUCCAUCCCAUAUCAUCCCUGUUCUAGUCGGCAACGCAGAGGUAGCUAAGCAGGCUUCGGACAUGCUGCUCGAGGAUUGGGGUAUCUAUGUGCAGGCGAUCAACUAUCCCACCGUAGCGGUCGGCGAGGAGAGGCUGCGCAUCACUCCUACCCCGGGCCAUGUGCAGGAAUAUCGUGAGCAAUUGGUGGCUGCUCUGGAUGCGGUCUGGACCGCACUGAGUAUCCGCCGGGAAAGCGACUGGGCUGCUCAGGGAGGGUUUCUUGGGGUGGGCCAGGAUCGUCAGGCCACGGAGCCACUGUGGACCGACGCCCAGCUGGGUUUGGAGGCAUUCGCUGCUGGUGUGCCAAAGGAUGCUACUGAUCCCCGGCCCUUCGACGCCAUUCUCGAUACGGAGCACAGAGAUGAUAUCCAAGCUGCUGGGGCAACGCCUGGAGCAUAA